GGUUGUCAAUUCGUUGAAUGAGAAUCGCGACUGUAUUUUUUGCUAUUUGAUGUUUUUCCACUGUAAUUUUGUUUCGAAGCGUCUCUUUCGAAUUUGAUGUCGGAAACACCGUUUAUGUAAUAAACUACGUGUAUAAGCAUAUUUAUUAUCCAGCUACCGAUUACAUAUCUAUCAAGACAUCAUGAGCGGUUCAGGAUCCGAAGAAGAAGAGUAUGUCGUCGAAAAAAUUAUCGAUAAGCGGACAGUGAACGGUAAAGUUCAGUACUUCUUGAAAUGGAAGGGAUAUGAUGAAAGCGAAAACACCUGGGAGCCGCACGAAAACUUGGAAUGUCCCGAAUUGAUAGCGGAGUUCGAAAGAAAAUGGGAAAAGAAACAAGAAGAGAAGAAGAACGCUAGAAAGCUUAAAAUUUCCAGUGAAGACGACGCGAAAGAAAAGAAGAAAAAACGCUCAACCGAACCAGUCAAGGCUCAACCUAAGGUAGAAACUAAUAAAUUAAACGGAUUCGAAAGGGGUUUGAAACCGGAGCGUAUUAUUGGUGCGACUGAUACCUCCGGUGAACUGAUGUUUUUGAUGAAAUGGGAAGGCACGGAUGAAGCCGAUUUAGUGCGUUCCGUGGACGCGAGAACAAAGUGUCCCCAGUUAAUCAUAGAAUUUUAUGAGAAACACUUGACUUGGAAUAAUGCCUCCGAAGACAACAAAUGAUUUUUACGAUAUUGUAUAUGUACUUUUUUUAUUUCAUUUAAUUGAUUUUUAAAUUCGUUACUUCUAUAUAUAUAUUAUUUGUCUUAUUUACGAGUAUGGAAUUUUUAAUUGUGAAAUAUUGAAUUUUUACUAUUGCAAACAGUUAUCACGUAGUGAGUCACUAUAUUUUUUUUUUUUUUUGCAAAAGAAGAAUAUUAUAAUGCAUAAGGAUGAAUGAAAACUUUUUUUAUUUUUUGCUUAUGUUGUCGAUCGUGAGAUGAAAGGUUUCCAUUUAAUUUUUAAGUUGCGUCAUCUUAGCGCGUGAUCCGAACGUUGUAUCAUUUUGUUUCUGUAUUAAGACCCAGAAAAAUUCAAUAAAAUACUCGUUGGUA